CAAAACUAAGCGGACGUGACAAAAUAAUCCGUUCCUCAUGGCAUUAAGAUUUAAUUGUUCGGAACUGAUUAUUCCACCGUCAGAAGCACAUUGCCAUCAAAAACCGCUCGUAGAUUAUGACGAAAAAUCACGGGAAAUGGUAAAAUUCAUCUCCGACGUUGAAUAUUUUGUGGAUCAUUUUGAGGCAACGAUCAGGCAGCGUAACGUUUACCGUAGAAGGUUCGAUUUCCAGCUGAUGGAUAUUGAGGAAAAUUUGAGGAAGCUGAUCGUUAAAGCUGAUCAGGCCAUAAGAAUUCCAGCUCCAAGGACAGAUUACCAGCUGAAGGCUUGCUGUAAUAUCUUUUUCCAAAAUUAUAGGGAGUUGAAAACUCAUUACUACAGAUAUCACAGUGCUACCAGCAAUUAUCGACCUGUGAUGCAAUCCGGUCCGGGAAAGUUGGAAUAUUUUCGGCAAAGGUUGGAAGAAUAUUUGACCACAGGGACCCGGUACAGUAAUGAGCUGUUGUUGCUACUUAAGAAAGUACUAAUGCAGGUACGAUUGAUCAUGCUGAAGGAUACGCCGGUCAAAGUGGAAGAUAGAAAAGCUGUUCGUAUUUAUCAUUGGAAGGAUUUCAAACCGGAGAUUAUUUUGUGCUGAUUGGUGAGAUUGAAAUACAGCUUUGAGUGCGGUUUUUUUGUAAAUCUUAAAAAUGUUUUCGAAAUAUUCCAAACAAACGGCGAGCCCCUCAGAGCCAAAGGUGAAAAAUUUUAAAAUUUUGAAUUAAUACACCAACCUAGCAUAUGCAUUAAAAAAUGGACUUUUUUCGAAUGAUGGUUUGAAAUAAAUCCAAACAAAUAAUUGAGUGCUGUUAAUUUUCAAUGUAACGUAAUAAUAUUACUUAACUUAGAAAAAAUACAUAACUCCUUUCA